AUGGUGACCGACGGGGAUGCUGUCCACCAUUUGUGCAUUGAAGGCCAGUGCCACAAGGAGAGGAGUCUUCCAGCUCCUUUCCAGAGAUCUCUGGACAGGGGUGUCGUGUGGAACACCAAAGAUGGGCAAGUCAAUUCCUACACCAUCACUUGA